AUGGAAGAUGCGGAGCUAGACGUCAUGAAUACAGAACAGGAUGAUCCCCUCUUGCAGUCAGACGAGGAGGUCGGCGAUGAACCGAUACCGAACCCGUCUGAGCCAGUGACUGUGAGAAGGAAGAUAAAUCAAACCAAAUUCAUCGUCCUGUGCAUCAUUGUUUUAUUCGCGCUAGAAUUUGCCGCAUUUUUCGAUUUCAUACCGCAAACCCGCAUCUUUGAAGUGAUUACCUGUCGCAACUACUUCGAUAAACACCAUCCGGAUCGCUUCCCAUAUCCGCAAGAUAUCCCAGAGUCGGAAUGCAAAAUAAAAGCUGUCCAAAGCGAGAUAGCGUAUGUACAGGCGUUGGCUGCGAGUUUCGACGCACUUCCUACCGACGUGGUUGAUGAAGUGAAUCGGUCGACCGUCUAUUUUCAGACAUCCUUAACUGUCGUGGUCGCUCAACUUCUUGCACCGUCUAUUGGAUCGGCUAUGAUGAUGAAAUUUGGCCCGUGGCUACCUUAUUACUUUGGGACGGCGUUUUUUACCAUCUGCUGUCCUCUAAUAUUACUGCUACCGGAAACCAUUCCCUUACAGAUUGAGAGGCCUGUCGUUGAUCAUUCAGAACCUGCAUUUAUGGACGAUAACAUCUCUGGGCAUGAUCCUCACGACGUACACGGGAAGUUCGCUCGCGCUUCCCUUGGAGCCAAGUUAAGGACCCUCUUUUCAACAGCAUGGAAAGAAUCGAAAUCUGUUCUUAACAACCGUACUGUCCUACUCAUCCUCUCCACGUUCCUUCUUUCAACGCUGGGCCGAAAACAGAUCGAUCUGCUAUUGCUAUACGCAUCGACACGGUAUGACACCACCAUAUCGAAAGCCGGCUUCGUUCACUCCUUUAUGGCCUGCGUCAGCAUCGUUCUCCUAUUGCUUGUUCUACCUAUCUCGUCCAGCUUCCUCUCAAACACUCUCGGUUUAUCCAGCAACAUGAAAGAUUUAUGGCUUUCCAAAAUAAGUGUUGUGUUCCUCACGAUAGGUAGUUUUGCCAUCGGCUUCUCCCCAACAUUCGUCAUCAUGGUUUGCGCAGUGACAAUCUAUACACUCGGCUGUGGCUUCAACGCGGUAUGCCUUAGCCUGGUUUCUUCUUUUGUCGACCCAAAAUAUGGUGCAAGGCUAUACUCCAUUAUUUCUCUUAUCAUUAUGUUUGGAACGCUUCUCGGUGGUCCAUUUUUGGCGGGAUUGUUCAACUUGGGAUUGAACCUGGGUUCACCUGCAUGGACUGGAUUACCGUUCUUUGGUUCAGGCGUGGUUCAUAUAUUCAUCGUUAUAUCCGUUUGGUAUAUUCGACUACCUUCCUUACAACUAGCGUAG